CCCGAGCCGAUCCGAAGCGAAGACCCAUCACAAACCUUUUCAGUCGAAAAAAAAUAAUAUAGAAACGUAGAUUGCCUUCGCUGUUCGACAUCCUUCGUCUGGAAGCUUCGCAAAUCUCUACGGCGCGACCAAACUCCAUUCAAGCUCGUACUCACAGACAAUUCUCCCACAAACGAGAACGAAGUGACAUCUUGGUCUUUGUGUAUUGUUCGGAUAACGAAAGACUCAAUCAAGUUUUCUUGUUCUCAUCCCGAUUUGUAUACACGCGGUAACCAACGAGUAACUAACAACAACUUGCAACCAUUCGUACAAAAUACUGCAUCACCAUGACGACGACUACUACUGCGACAACCUUUCCCCAUCCCAGCACUAUCGAUGACCUUCUCUCACGAGAUUCUUCCCGUCCUCGCUUGGUAUCUUGGGAUGGCUUGGAAACCAACGAGACGGCCGACGACCAGGUCCGUCCCGUGGGAUUCGGCAAGAACCACCGAACAUCCUACCACAGCUCCAGUAUGAGUACUUCGACCGAUAUCUCCGACUACAAUACGGCUGCCAUGACCAGUCGGUCCUCCUCGGGUUCCUUGGAAUCCGUAGCCUCCGAAACUACCAACGCUGCUUCCGUCAACAACCCUGCACUCCCAAGGGUAUCCGUUUCCGUUACGCCUUUGCCAACGUCAACGUUGCCCUUGCCCCUCAAGCGUAAGCGAUCCAACGUUCGCUCCAGCCGUACCACACGCAAGCAUCAGCAACAACAACACAGGACGACGUCGGUCCAAACACUGGAUCGACUGUCUGACGAUCUCCAACUCUACAUUUCCAGCUUUUUGGAAACCUCCGAUAUUCGCCGCGUAAUGCAGGUCUCGCAUCGCUACCGUCGCGUCUUUGUGUCUGACGAAUCGGAAGGUCUCUGGAAGGAUCUCGUACACCGCGCCUGGCCUUGGCUUAAAACCGAACAAGCCGUGCUCGUGGACGCCCUGGAUCUACCUACACCCUGUCCCGAAGGCACCAACUCGGCCAAUAUGAGCCUCCUCCUAUCGUUGGCUUGCGAAAAGGCCACUUGUGUCGACGAAUCGCACUUUUCACCCGUCAAGUGGAGCCGCUCACUCCGUCGCUGGAGACCGCGCAACAACGCCGUCGCGGAACUCCAAACCGUCCUCGCCAGCAACGGCAUUCCCGCCGUGCAAUUCACCGGACUCGUCGGCAAAGGUGAUCGCUGCAUCCGUGCCGAUCACCCACUCGCGCGCCCGCAGGCGCUGGAUCACAAGACCAACUUUACGACGAUCCACAAUCGGUCCCCCGUAGCGUCGAGCAAGAAGAAGGCGGCGCAGUUCUUGCACAAACUCUGUUGUUCCACUAAAUCCGCCACCGAACAGCGCUGGCGACCCUUUGUCGCUCCCUUUCGCGCCUCGAUUGGGUCUUCUGCACCCGAUACGACACUUUCCGGAACUCACGAAGACGUUUACGUGCAUUUGACGCCCCGCCUCAUUUCGUAUUUCGAGGUCCGUAUCCUCGAAGCGCCUCGUCGUCUCAACGAACCGACUACACUCGACGCUUUUCGCAACCACAACCUUACCGCAAACGGCAUUACCGCGUCCGAAUGCGUCGCGGUUGGCAUUGCCAAUGCCGCGUUUACGCUCCACGCCCGUAUGCCCGGCUGGGAUCCACAUUCGUACGGUUACCACGGUGACGACGGCGGUAUUUUCCACGCAUCGGGUCACAUGGUCAAAACCUACGGUCCCACGUACGGUGUGGGCGAUGUGGUCGGCUGCGGCAUUGACUACGUCCACGGUGUCGUCUUUUACACCCUCAACGGACGGUAUCUGGGACAAGCCUUUGUUCUGUCGCCGGACGAUUUACACCGCGACUGGUAUCCCGUCGUGGGUAUGGAUACCAACUGCCUCGUGCAGUGUAAUUUUGGAGUCCACGAACCCUUUCUCUUUGAUUUGCAACGCAAAAUUGAAUCGCAACGGCAUUUGAUUGUAGACACGUUGUUGCAAUCGCGGUCGUCCCCGACGCCGCGAAGAAGUUGAAGUCUGAACAGUAAUACUUAUAGUUCCAUGGGGUACUUGCAUAUUGAGCACUCUUCGUGUAAGUAGGAAGUAAUUUUAUUAAUAGAAGGAAAGUGUGGC